CGAGCGCUGUCGAGCGAUCAGUACGGUCGUUCGUCUUCGUCGAAGUUAUUCAUCUCGUAUAAAAAAUCUUUGCGGAUUUUUCGCUGUUUUAUCUGUGCAUUAAUAGUGAAGUAUCACUCUUAAAGUUACUGGCGUACUAAUUAAAUCCAUCAUUAUCAUUAUCUAAGUGGUUUCAUCAGAGACUUUGGUCGAAAGGUGCGCUGCUUGCCCAAACUACAAUGGGUCUGUUGAGGAUGCUACGUGAACCACCAGGAGGGCGUGAUAUUAAUUUUAUCAUGUUCUGUAUGGUGUCUUUUAUGUUUUUCAACUUGGUACUGGCGGAGGACGAACUAAUGGGACCUGUGUUUGUGAAGGAGCCUCCAAACCGUGUGGACUUUUCUAAUGGAACUGGAGCAGAGGUUGAAUGUCAAGCGAGAGGAAAUCCACAACCAGAUAUUAUCUGGGUUCGUGCUGACGGUACUGCUGUAGGAGAUGUUCCCGGAUUGCGACAGGUGUUGCCUAAUGGAAACUUGGUAUUUCCACCAUUCCGAGCUGAAGAUUAUCGCCAAGAGGUUCAUGCUCAAGUUUAUAGUUGUCUUGCUACUUCACCUGCUGGAUCGGUUCAUAGCCGAGACGUUAAUGUUCGCGCCGUUGUCGCACAAACCUAUCAACCCGAAAUAAUGACUGAGUACGUCAUUAGAGGAAACAGCGCAAUCUUAAAAUGUAGCAUACCGAGUUACAUUGCGGAAUUUGUAAGCAUUGAAGCCUGGAUUCGCGAAGACGGAGAAGUUUAUGUUCCUGAGUAUCAACAAACUGAUAAAAUUCCCCAGGAUGGCAAAUACUUGGUACUGCCUUCUGGUGAAUUGCACAUCCGGGAUGUAGGACCUGAAGAUGGUUACAAGACUUAUCAAUGCCGAACCAAACACCGACUUACUGGAGAAACCAGACUGUCUGCCACCAAAGGACGCCUUGUCAUCACCGAGCCUGUUGGUAGCAAAGCUCCAGCAUUUACGGGAGACAUAAAAGCUUCAGGGUGGUUGGUAAAUAAGCGCUUGAAUUCUACAUUAGCGAUGCCAUGUCCAGCGCAAGGUUAUCCGGUUCCCGCAUUCAGAUGGUACAAGUUUAUCGAAGGUACGACACGCAGACAGCCAGUUCAGCUGAAUGAAAGAGUUCGUCAGGUCAGCGGAACUUUGAUUAUCCGAGAAGCACGUGUUGAGGACUCUGGAAAGUACCUUUGUAUUGUGAACAAUUCAGUUGGAGGUGAAAGCGUUGAGACUGUUCUUACUGUCACUGCACCAUUGUCAGCUGAAAUUGAACCUAGAGUUCAGACUGUCGAUUUUGGAAGACCAGCUACUUUUACUUGCAAUGUCCGAGGAAAUCCUAUUAAGACUAUUUCGUGGAUGAAGGAUGGCAAGGCUCUUGGGCAUGAAGAUCCCAUUCUCAGAAUUGAAAGCGUCAAGAAAGAAGAUAAGGGAAUGUAUCAAUGUUUUGUGCGGAAUGAUCAAGAAAGCGCUCAAGCGACGGCUGAGUUGAAGCUUGGAGGACGAUUUGAACCACCCCAAAUAAAGCAGGCUUUCCAAGAAGAAACUCUCCAACCGGGACCAAGCAUGUUCCUCAAGUGUGUAGCCAGCGGGAAUCCAACUCCUGAAAUAACUUGGGAACUUGACGGCAAGCGCUUAUCAAACACGGAAAGACUCCAGGUUGGACAGUACGUUAAGGUCAACGGUGAUGUCGUAUCGCAUUUGAACAUCUCAAGCAUUCACACGAAUGAUGGUGGACUCUACAAGUGUAUUGCAGCUUCAAAGGUCGGAUCAGCGGAGCAUUCAGCACGUCUCAAUGUUUACGGUUUGCCUUUCAUCCGACACAUGGACAAAAAAGCCAUCGUUGCUGGAGAAACUCUUCGAGUAACUUGUCCAGUUGCCGGUUACCCAAUUGAGAGCAUCGUAUGGGAACGAGACACUCGUGUUUUGCCGAUCAACAGGAAACAGAAAGUUUUUCCAAAUGGAACGCUCAUCAUCGAAAAUGUAGAGAGACACAGUGAUCAGGCAACUUACACAUGUGUGGCACGCAAUGCUCAAGGAUACAGCGCAAGAGGAACUCUUGAAGUUCAAGUUAUGGUAAGUCCUCAAAUUGCGCCGUUUUCUAUUGGCGACGAACCAGCGAAUUGGGGAGAACAGGUUUCCGCGAUGUGUAGUGUUUUGAAAGGCGAUCAACCAGUAGAAAUUAGAUGGAGUCUUAACGGUCAACUGAUAACCCGUCAAAAUCAUCCAGAUAUUAUGAUAAGCAAAACUGGAAAGAAGAUUUCCCUUUUAAGUAUUGACGCUGUAACCGCACAACACGCUGGGGAAUAUAGUUGCGAAGCGAGUAAUCAAGCUGGUUCCACCAGUCGCUCCGCAGUUCUUUCGGUUAAUGUACCACCACGUUGGAUUCUUGAACCGACUGACAAGGCAUUUGCCCAAGGCUCCGAUGCUAGAGUUGAAUGUAAAGCCGACGGGUUCCCUAAGCCUCAGGUUACAUGGAAAAGGGCUGCUGGUGACACACCCGGUGAUUACACUGACUUGAAGCUCAACAACCCUGACAUUAGCGUAGAAGAUGGUACUUUGUCUAUCAAUAACAUUCAGAAAACCAAUGAAGGUUACUAUCUUUGCGAGGCUGUCAAUGGAAUUGGUUCAGGAUUGUCUGCAGUUAUUCUUAUUUCUGUCCAAGCACCACCGCACUUUGAAAUCAAACUUCGUAACCAGACUGCUCGUCGUGGUGAACCAGCAGUAUUGCAAUGUGAAGCACAGGGCGAGAAACCAAUCGGAAUUUUGUGGAACAUGAACAACAAGCGAUUGGAUCCAAAGAGUGACUCUCGUUACACAAUUCGUGAAGAGAUUCUGGCUAAUGGUGUUUUGGCGGACUUGAGUAUCAAGAGAACUGAAAGAUCUGAUUCUGCAUUGUUUACUUGUGUUGCUACAAAUGCUUUUGGAAGUGAUGAUACCAGCAUUAAUAUGAUUGUUCAAGAGGUUCCUGAAGUUCCAUACGGACUCAAGGUUCUUGAUAAAUCAGGACGAUCAGUACAACUUUCUUGGGCAGCUCCUUACGACGGAAACAGUCCUAUCAAGCGAUACCUUAUUGAAUACAAAAUGAGCAAAGGAUCUUGGGAAACCGACAUUGACCGGGUUAUUGUACCAGCGACUCAGCAAAAUGUAGCCGGUGUUUUCAAUCUCAGACCUGCAACUACUUAUCAUCUUCGCAUUGUCGCUGAAAAUGAAAUCGGCAAUUCUGAUCCGUCUGAUACAGUCACGAUUAUCACUGCUGAAGAAGCUCCAUCUGGUCCACCAAGUUCUGUACGAGUUGAUGCUCUUGACCAACACACACUUAAGGUAACAUGGAAACCACCACCCCGAGAGGACUGGAACGGUGAAAUCCUUGGUUACUACGUCGGUUACCGCCUAUCUUCUUCUGAGAAGCCUUACAUGUUUGAAACAGUCGAAUUCUCAAAGGAAGACAACAAAGAACAUCAUUUGCAGAUAUUGAACCUCAAAACUUACACUCAGUACAGUGUUGUUGUUCAGGCAUUUAACAAAGUUGGUUCCGGGCCGAUGAGUGAAGAACGCCGGCAACAUACCGCUGAAGGAGUACCCGAACAACCACCCCAUGACACUACUUGCACCACGCUAACCUCUCAAACUAUCCGAGUUUCUUGGGUAUCGCCACCACUUACUGCUGCAAAUGGUGUUAUCACUGGUUACAAAGUAAUAUAUGGCCCAUCUGAGACAUGGUACGAUGAGAACACAAAGGACACAAAAAUUACAUCAUCAAGCGAAACAAUUUUACACGGACUUAAAAAAUACACCAACUACAGCAUGCAAGUCCUUGCAUUUACCUCUGGAGGUGAUGGAGUUAAGUCGGCACCAAUUCACUGUCAAACGGAACAAGACGCACCUGAAGCGCCAAUUGCUAUCAAAGCGCUAGUUAUGUCCGGCGAAUCUAUUCUUGUAUCAUGGCGCCCACCGAUUCAGCCCAACGGAGUUAUUUCUCAGUACACGGUAUACACUAAAGCCGAUAAUGUUGAAGAACCUGUUAGUCAUAAAGUACUUCCAAGUCAACUGACUUAUGAAGCUAAAGGAUUGGAUACACAGCAUCGGUAUGACUUCUGGGUAACUGCUAGUACCAAUAUCGGUGAAGGAGAGGCGUCGAAAAUUGUUUCGCUGACACCAAAUGAUAGAGUUCCGGCAAAGAUUGCAUCGUUCGACGAUAAAUUUACCGCGACUUACAAAGAGGAUGUUAAAUUACCGUGUCUCGCUGUUGGUGUUCCGGCUCCAGAAGUUGUUUGGAAAGUUCGCGAUGCAAAACUUCAGACAAGCGAUAGACUUCGACAAUUACCGGAAGGAUCUCUAUUUAUUAAGGAAGUUGAUCGUGCUGAUGCCGGAGAGUAUUCUUGUUAUGUUGAAAAUUCAUUUGGUCAUGAUACUGUCACUCAUCAAUUGAUCGUUCACGCACCACCGCAUUCGCCGCAAGUUACUCUCACUGCUACAACUACAAACUCACUGACAAUGAAACUCCGGCCACAUUCAACAGACAAUGCACCAAUUCACGGAUACACUAUUCACUACAAACCCGAAUUUGGAGAUUGGGAAACAGUGCAAAUAAGCUCAACUGCCCAAAAAUACACACUCGAGAAUUUAUGGUGCGGAUCGCGCUACCAAAUUUAUGUAACUGCUUACAAUGGUAUUGGAACCGGUAACCCAUCAGAUAUUCUCAACACUCGUACCAAAGGAUCGAAACCAAUAAUUCCUGAAGCAUCACGAUUCAUCGAAGUAUCAACCAACAGCAUAACUCUUCACUUGAACGCUUGGUCUGAUGGCGGAUGUCCCAUGCUUUAUUUCGUAGUCGAACACAAGAAGAAGCAACAGCAAGAAUGGAAUCAAGUAUCAAAUAAUGUGAAACCUGGCAGCAAUUUCGUUGUUCUUGAUCUCGACCCAGCAAACUGGUAUCACCUGCGUGUGACAGCUCACAACAAUGCUGGAUUUGCAGUAGCUGAGUAUGAAUUUGCAACAUUGACAGUAACAGGGGGUACUAUUGCACCGCCUGUCAGGAACAAUGUAGCUCCUGAAACUACCGACGUAAGACAACUCUUCCCGUGGAUACCGUCUUGGAUGAAUAUCAAUGUAGUAGUACCGGCUAUUGCAACCGUAGUUGUUGUCAUCGUUGGUAUUAUCGUUAUUUGUGUGGCCGUGUCAAGAAGAACUCGAGGUCCCGAACAAACUCGGCUUCGAGGAAUUCCUUCCGCCGACGAAAAAUACUAUGAAGGCCAAUAUGACGUCGUUUAUCAACAGACUGGUGUAGUAGGUGCAACGUUAGACAAACGUCGACCAGAUCUUCGUGAUGAGCUAGGAUAUAUCGCUCCUCCAAACCGUAAACUACCACCGGUACCUGGUUCUAACUACAACACCUGUGAUCGUAUCAAGCGAGGUACAGUGAUAAGUCCAACAGGUUCAUUUAGAAGUCACUCGACGUGGGACCCACGAAGACACAUGUACGAAGAAUUAUCACACUGUGCACCUAACCGAAGGUGUCCACCGCCACCACCUCGUAUAGGCAGUACUGACGCUCUAUCCCACAGAGGUAUGGAAGAUGAAAUUUGUCCGUACGCAACAUUCCAUUUGCUCGGAUUCCGUGAGGAAAUGGAUCCCUCUAAGGCAAUGCAAUUCCAAACAUUCCCACACCCUGCCAAUGGACAUUCUGGCACUAUGGGACCACCAGCUGGACAUCCUACCAAUGCUUCUGCACACAGCCGAUCUGGGUCACAAUCAAUGCCACGACAAAACGGACGUUACUCUCGAGUACCUUCUCAGGGAGGACAGACUGUAUUUUCACCGGAAUAUGACGAUCCAGCCAACUGCGCGCCCGAAGAAGAUCAAUAUGGGUCACAAUACGGACAAUACGGAGCUCCAUACGAUCACUAUGGGUCUCGUGGUUCCGUUGGACGUCGUAGUGUUGGUUCAGCUCGCAAUCUCCCUAUGUCUAACUCUCCCGAACCUCCACCACCACCACCACGAAACCACGACCCAAAUAACUCCAGUUUCAAUGACAGCAAAGAGAGUAAUGAAAUUAGUGAAGCGGAAUGCGAUCGUGAUCAACUCCAAAUGAAUCGUAACUACGGUGUUAAUGCUCGUGGCAAGGAUGGCAUGUCCACUGAAGAGAUGCGCAAACUUAUCGAGAGGAAGUCAAACGAAGUCCCCAGCCGGCAAGCAACCACCACAAACGGGAGUCACGGGGGACUCCUCACACCCUACGAUACUGUGGCAGUGUAAUCUGUAAAUUAACACCAGCGAUCAACAUGCCAUUAAUCUUUCAUUAUCUUCAAUAAAUUAAAUCAGUCAACAAUUCCCUCCCGUCAUCAAAAUGACAAAUUUUAUGUCGAACAUCACUUUAAGUCAACAAAAAUGCGUAAUUCGAUAAUUAAUCCACUGCUCAUUAUAGCUUUGGCCCAUUUGCAACGAUUUACAAUUUAAAUUAUACUUUAAUACUCUUAAUCAUAAUAGAUAGGUUUCAUUAUCAUUUACGAUUUACGAUGUAAAAAUUUAUGUACGACAAACUGUAUAAUUGUUUGGCAUCAACCCAGUAAACGUGAUUAUGAGUCUUCAUUGGUCGAAAAAUGCCAAAAAGUUUAUGAUAAUAAAUAUCAUCUUCAUUGAAACAUAACCAACAAGCUAUCAAACAAACGGGAGGAAUUGAAGAAGAUAAUCGAGAAAGAAUUUAACUAAACAUAAAAUAAUCUACAGUAGACUCGUGAUCAUGUUGAAAACUAAUGACCGAGCUUUUUGUUGAAGAAGAAUAUAUCGUUUUAUUAUUUUUUAAAAACAUUGACCAAUAAAAAAAAAUAUCUACCAAUAAAAUAACAACACCCGAAAUUGAACGACUGAUAUUCUAAAAACUGUAAAGUUAUUUUAAGUUUUUUUUUUAUAAAAUUGAUACAGCGAUGAUUAGUUUGCUCGUUCAUUAAGUCAUGGUUGUGCCACACUGCCGCUCUUUGGCAACAUCAAAAAUAUGUAUAAUGUUUUAUUUUAAUUUUUAUUAUUUACUCUUCCUUUUUUAAUAUCGUUAUUAUUAUUUCCGUAACGAAGGUUGUGUCCCCCAUGGAUUGACGUAGAUAUUCAUAGUUGCGUCUGUAAUAAGCUAACGAAAAUCAACGCGGGCGCCCCAUAUGAACAUAAUAAUUACGAUUAUGAUUAUUAUUUAAAACAAAUUUACGAAUGGAUUAUUUAAACUUGCUUAUCGUCGUCUUGUCGUCGUUCUUCCGUUGCAUUAAUUAUUGUGCAGAAAUUAAAA